ACACACACGCAGGCUUGAAUUUAGACUCAGGUCUAAAGUUCGUUUUAAAGCAGGUUGGUAAUUGUCUAGUUAUUACAGAUUGAUUAGAUUUUAAAUCUAUUCGAUAAACCAUAAUGAGAAUAAACUUUGCACAUUGGCGUGGACACUCACAAAGAUUGAUCAGAUUAUACAGCAACAUGCAGAAGGUGAAGGUGCCAGUGAAACAAGGAGUUGUUGUUGGACAGCGGAAGCAGUUACCAAGUGGCCUGCAAUACGAGAGCUUCCUUGGAGUACCCUAUGCCCAGCCACCAGUGGGAGAACUCCGAUUUCGGAGUCCCGUGCCACUGGAACGUUUUCCAGAUCACGAGCUGGACUGCAGCAAGGAACGUGAUGUCUCUCAUCAGCGUGAUCCGUUUACUCAAGAGGUAGUUGGCUCAGAGAACUGUCUCUUUCUCAAUGUAUAUGCACCUAAAGGCAAUUCCAGGGCACCGCUGCCUGUCAUGGUGUGGAUUCAUGGAGGCGGUUUCUGGUUUGGCAAUGGCAACAGUGACUAUCACUUUCCAGCGCAGCUCAUGCAGGAAGAGGUGAUUGUGGUAACCCUGAAUUAUCGCUUGGGAGCCCUGGGUUUCCUCAGCUUGCCAGGAGCGGGCAUUUAUGGCAAUGCAGGCCUGAAGGAUCAGCGUCUGGCGCUGCAGUGGGUACAGGAAAACAUUUCCAAUUUCAAUGGUGAUCCACAAAAUGUGACUCUCUUUGGAGAAAGUGCCGGUGCUGCUUCAGUGCAUCUGCACACAUAUGCGGCGCAUGCAAAUAAAUUAUUCCACAAGGCGAUCGUGCAAAGUGGAACUGCCAAUAUGGAGUGGGUGUUCCAGCAGAAUGGAGCGUAUAAGGCACGUCGAAUGGGUGAGCUCCUGCAGGGACAGAACAUUGAGCAGGACAGUGCUCUGCUGGAAUUCCUGCAAUCAAAGAAUGUGACACCGAACGGAAUUCUCUCUAAGACUUUGAACGUGCUAUCGGCGGAUGAGCGACGUCGCGGGUUACCUCUGGCUUUUAAGCCUGUUCUGGAGGAUGCUAGCAGUUCGGACAGUUUUAUCAGCACGAAUAUUCUUGAUCUGCUACAUGACAAGGAGCGGCUGCAAGGAAUGCCUCUGUUAAUGGGCUAUAAUUCAGCGGAGGGCAUUGCCAUGCUGAUUAACGCUAGGCGUAAACUGGAGCUCUAUGAAGAGGAUCUGGCAAGAGUGGUACCUCGAAAUCUUGUGGAGAAACCUACGGCGCCAGAAGCCCUAGAAGCAGCCAACGAUAUACGUCAAUUCUAUUUAAACGGACAGCCGCUGACACUGGAACGUCUCGAUAAUCUGGUGGACAUAUUCUCAGAUUACCACUUUGUCAUCGAUAUGCAACACGCAGCAGAGAUUCAUGUAAACUGUCAGAUAACAUCGCCGCUCUAUUUCUAUCGCUUCGAUUACUUGGGCGGCCAAAAUAUGUAUAAACGGAUUCUACAGGCGGAAACUCUUCGUGGAGCAUCUCAUGCAGACGAGCUGUGCUACUUGUUCCAAAUGGCUGGAGACGAGACGACGCAGUCUAAGGAGGACCAACAAAUUACCAAGCGUCUUUGUCAUAUGUGGGCCAAUUUUGCGAAAUAUGGAAAACCUUUGGACAGCUGGAUGCCAGUGACAAGACCGAAGAGCAAUGACAAAGGAGAGCGAGAGCCCUUCCAUUUGGAUUAUAUGCUCAUUGAUCGGGAAUGCAAGAUGCAGCGAAAUCCAGAUGCAGAGCGAAUGGAUUUCUGGCGCAGCAUGUACAAGAGAUAUAGAACGGAUUGCUAUGAGGCGUUAAGAGCGAAACUUUAAGGCUCUUAAACCACAAAUUUAAUUUAGACACCUAUAUUGACCUAUAUAUGUUUUUGAACAUACCAAUGAUAUUCAUAUUUAAACUUU